AUGCCCAUUCCGCGAAAGUCCUGUGAUAGUUGUUUCAGGGCCCGGCGGAGAUGUGAUCUUACCUAUCCAGUCUGCAUACGAUGUGAGAAGAACAAGAGAUCUUGUCGUUACGUGCCACCUGCCCGAACACCGCAAACGCCACAGGAUAAUGCACUCGACUCUGUCAGCAUUACUGUUGGUGGGGUUUCGACCCGGGCGGAGCGCGUUGGGUUGGAUUUCGAGGCGCAAGAUAUACCCUACGACCUCCCCAUGGUAGAGUUGAUGAACUCUACCGUGCCAAAUAUGGCAGGUCCUCUAGGUGAUUUGCAACCAGUGUCUGGGAGCACAGAAAGCUGGGAGUGGGCAAUUGAGCAACUCAGAAGCUACCCAAAGGCUUUCUCCGUGAGCGCAGAGACGGUCUUCAUAUGCAUGACCCAAAACACACUUCUCCAGCCGCUCCGAACAGCCUUUGGCCUCUGUGGUGCCUUCAGUUGCAUGAACGAAAGAAACAAACACACGUUGUUUCAGGUCCUAGAUGCCGAGAUGUCCGAGUUGAUCAAGCCACCCACGGCUUCGACACUCCUGGAAGACCUAGCAAGGAUGCAGGCAAUAGUCCUAUAUCAGAUUAUUAGGCUCUUUGAUGGUGACGUCGAGCAUUGCGCGCUAGCCGAGCAGCAACACUACGUCCUUUCCGCGCAAGCCUUACGGCUCUUGCGACGAGGAGAACACGAGCUCCAGAACGCCACGCCGAUGUGGGAAAACUGGAUCGUCACCGAGUCCAUACGUCGGACGGUUAUGAUGACAUUUGGUAGCUAUGCAUUGUACUCAAUAUUCAGGCAUGGAAUCUGCCCAGAAUUACCAACAAUGUCUAUGCUACCUAUGUCAACGAAACAAGCCUUUUGGGGCUCACGGGACGCGUAUCUUCAGCAUUCUCACGAAGAUGCGACGGUAAGGUAUGCCGAUUUUACCGAUGUUUGGAUAGUUUCCCCUCCGAGAAAGCUUGAUCCAUAUGAGAGAUUUAUUCUUGUGGCUUGUAAAGGAUUGGAAUCAGUCGAGGCUCUGAGCUUGCCUGACCAUGUCGAGAAUUUCAACUUUGAGCUACAGCAUUAG